GUUAGAAUUGAGUUUUCUAGUAAGAGAAUAUAUAAUAGUUUUUUCUUCUAAUAUUGUGAACCAUUUUGGUUUACGUCUUGUAAGGAUUUGUUUGAGUCUUGGUGAAAUGUGUUUUCAGUCUAAAAGUGUAGAGUUAUUAGACGAG